CCGGGGCGGAGCGGAGUAGUCCGCAGAGAAGCCCCUCCCGGCCGCGGCCGCCGACCCCGGCCCCCGGCCCCAGGCCCCCGGCCCGGCCUGGCUCUAUGGACAGGAGCUCGCUGCUGCAGCUUAUCCAGGAGCAGCAGCUGGACCCUGAGAACACCGGCUUCAUCGGCGCGGACACCUUCGCUGGCCUGGUGCACCGCCAUGAGCUGCCCCUGGACCCGGCCAAACUGGACAUGCUGGUGGCCCUGGCCCAGAGCAACGAGCGGGGCCAGGUCUGCUACCAGGAGCUGGUGGACCUGAUCAGCAGCAAGCGCUCAAGCAGCUUCAAGCGGGCUAUCGCCAAUGGACAACGGGCACUGCCCCAGGACGGGCUGCUGGACGAGCCAGGCCUGGGUGUCUACAAGCGGUUCGUGCGCUACGUGGCCUACGAGAUCCUGCCCCGAGAGGUGGACCGCCACUGGUACUUCUACCGGCACCGCAGCUGCCCACCCCCCGUGUUUAUGGCUUCGGUCACCCUCGCCCAGAUCAUCGUGUUCCUGUGCUACGGGGCCCGUCUCAACAAGUGGGUGCUGCAGACCUACCACCCUGAGUACAUGAAAAGCCCCCUCGUAUACCACCCCGGCCACCGUGCUCGGGCCUGGCGCUUUCUCACCUACAUGUUCAUGCACGUCGGGCUGGAGCAGCUGGGGUUCAACGCACUCCUGCAGCUGAUGAUCGGGGUGCCCCUGGAGAUGGUGCAUGGCCUGCUCCGCAUCAGCCUGCUCUACCUGGCUGGUGUGCUGGCAGGCUCCCUGACCGUCUCCAUUACUGACAUGCGGGCCCCUGUGGUGGGGGGCUCCGGCGGGGUCUACGCCCUGUGCUCUGCACACCUGGCCAAUGUCGUCAUGAACUGGGCUGGGAUGAGAUGUCCCUACAAGCUGCUGAGGAUGGUGCUGGCCCUGGUGUGCAUGAGCUCCGAGGUGGGCCGGGCCGUGUGGCUGCGCUUCUCCCCGCCACUGCCUGCCUCGGGCCCACAGCCCAGCUUCAUGGCACACCUGGCGGGCGCGGUGGUGGGUGUCAGCAUGGGCCUGACCAUCCUGCGCAGCUAUGAGGAGCGCCUGCGAGACCAGUGUGGCUGGUGGGUGGUGCUGCUUGCCUAUGGCACCUUCCUGCUCUUCGCCAUCUUCUGGAACAUCUUUGCCUACGACCUGCUGGGUGCCCACAUUCCCCCGCCACCCUGACAAGGGUUCCCAGGGCCACACCAGCCAGGGCGCAGCAUCCGUGGGCCAGCCACUAGGGAGGCCUGCAUGUUCGUCCUCUGUGAAUGUAUGUCUUGAGGCUGCUUCUUCCUGGUGGGGGCAGGUGGCCCCUGUGGCCCACUGACUCCAGGCCAAGCCUUACACCAGCCCUGGCCGCCCCCUCCCAGGCCUGGAGGGAUAGGACUGCUGGACUGGGCUGAGUGGUGGAGGUCCCCAAGGGUGGCCCCAGAGGAGACCCUGCCCUGGCCUCUCCCAUGAGACUUGCAGUCUGAGCCUUUUUGGAGAAUGAAUAAAUAUUUUACACAGCACCAGGUAGCUGUACUGGGCACUGCGGGCUGGGCUGUUCUCCCCCCAACUCACUGAUC